AUGGUAGACACUCUAAAGGUCAAGUACCACUGGAUCUGGCUCCAAAUGCUGUUGAUGACAUGUACACUGGUUGCAAAGACAAGAUGGACUACAGAGUGAAGAAGCAGUACCUGCCAAAUGAGAAAAACAAGGACAAAAAUUUCACACUUGCCAGUGGUGAAGCAGAGAAAUAUUACAACAAAAGAUGGAAGCAGAAAAGGGAAGAGACCGUCCACGGCACUGGGGAAAGAACAGAUCAUGGCUAUUUAUGUUUAUACCCUUGACAAACCAAAUGUUUAUCUUGAUUUCAAUAAUGCUGUUCGAACCCAGAGAUCCGUGUACACGACCACAUUCAGCUAUCACACGCUUCACUUUUUCCUGACUGACGCCCUUCAAACCCUCAACUCUCGGAAACCUGAAGUGGAUAGAUGUGUGACUGGCUACCGUAGAGUCAACAGCUACUUUAGCCAAGACGCUGUCAAUAAGAUGGUUCGCUUUGGAUCUUUUACCUCCAGCUCACAGGGCUGGUACCCCAGCGCUGACAGAUUUGGGGACAAGUCAUGCUUUGAGAUCCUCACAUGCUUCGGAGCAGACAUCUCGCUGUACUCUGAGCUCGGAGAGUCAGAAAGAGAAGUGCUGAUUCCUCCUUAUGAGGUCUUUAAAGUCGCAAAGAUAGAGAGGAGAUCUGUCCAGCGGAAGCUGCCAUGUGAGGUGGUCUAUAAACUGAAGAGUACACGCAAAACUCUUUCCAAUUUGAACUGUGCUCUUUUCUGA